AUGGAUUCCCACCUCUUCAAAUUCUGGUGGGGAGAGACUUUAGAUACUAAAGAUAGGAAACUGCAUCUAUUGGGAUGGGACAUCUUGUGCUCCCCCAAGGCUGAAGGUGGUCUGGGAUUUAGAAAGGCUGAAUUAAAUAACUUGGCUAUGUUGGCAAGGAAUGCUUGGAGAAUCCUAGAAAAUCCUAAUUGUAUGCUAGCUACCGCCAAAUACUUUCCUAGAACUGAUUUCUUGAAUGCAAGUGUACUACUAAAUGAUUCUGUGUCUAGACUUCCUGAUGAGGCGCAAUGUCUCUUUGUUACUAUCAUGUGGUCUCUCUGGACCAGUAGGAAUAAUCUCAUUUUCCAAAAUCUGAAAGAAAACCAUGUAGCAGUCUUAGCAAGAGCUAGAGAUAUGCUUCUAACUAGGAAACCCUGCCUUAUUGUUUCUCCCAAUACCUCUGUCAGUCUAUGUGAUAAAUGGAUGCCCCCUUCUUUUGGCUGGAUAAAGUGUAACACUGAUGGUGCCUAUGAUGACAUUACUGGAGCUAAUGGUGCAGGAUAUAUGAUGAGGGAUUUCUCAAGCAAAGCCUCCUUUUGUGCUUCCCUGGUUUUUGAAGUAAAGUCUUCUGAAGAAGCUGAAGCCAGAGCUAUUUGGGCAGUCCUGAAGAAAACCUUGGAACAGAUGUUAACUCAUAUCAUCGUUGAAAGUGAUGCGAAGUCUCUUAUUGAUCAUUUUUCAGCUAGCUUGUUUGAUGGAGAUUCUCGUACGGGUGCUAUUCUCAAAGACAUUCAGUUUUUUUCUUCUAAAUUAGUGGCAUGUGUAUUUAAUUUUCAACCUCGUGUUUGUAAUUAUGUGGCUCAUGAACUAGUUCAGUGGACAAAAACAAACAAUACCUCUAUGUACUGGUUUGUGCCUCCUGUUUGGUUGCUACCAACAGUUGAGGGGAUCAUUAGCCUUUUUGAUGACCUUAAAAAAAAAAAGAAAGUGAGUGCCUCUAGGUGGAGUGGUGCCUUAACCUCAACAACGGGUGGUUUCCUAAAUUAUAGUUCGGUGCCCUAA